GCGAGUGAGAGAGGUAGAGAAAAGCAAGUAAUUGGAUUUGUGGAGGGAGUAAGCAGCAGCAGUAGAGCUCGGAAAAUAAAAGCAAAACAAAAAGAAAUGGAAAUGAAGUUGAAGGGUUUGAUGAUUGUGGGGAUUGUGAUGAUGUGUAUGGUAGUGCUGGGUGAAGCGGCUGUGACGUGCGGGUCAGUGGCUACUGCAAUGGGGCCAUGCAUCCCAUAUUUGAGAAGCCCAUCAGCGUCCGUUCCAGCAGGAUGUUGUAGUGGGAUUAGGAGCCUCAACGGCCAAGCCGCCACCACUGCCGAUCGCCGCACCGCUUGCAACUGCUUGAAGAGCGCUGCAAAAUCCAUCUCCGGCAUCAACUAUAAAGCUGCCGCUGGCCUUCCCGGCAAGUGUGGUGUCAGUAUUUCUUACCCGAUCAGCCCCAACACCGACUGCAGGUGAACUAAAUAAAUGGUAAUCAUAAUCAUCCUCCACCGCAUGCAUCUACUGCCUCACUAUUAUAAUUAUAAUUAUUAUAUUAGUGGUCUCGGUAGCUUAAUUAGCUUAGCUAAAUACCCAAUAUAAUAAACAGCAUGGGGCUACCUUGUUGUUUGGAUAUCCAUGCUUUUUCUUUUUUCUUCUACUACGUCUACUGUGGUGUGUGUGUGAGUAUGAGAUUCCAAUGAUUUCUAUCAUUGCGAAUUCCAAAUUAUCAAUUAUCAAUUUAAUAAAAAAAUUUCCUCAUUUUCUACUA